AUGACAGAAACUUAUUUUCGGGGAUCUGGUCGUAUUGCGAAGAAGUUGAAACCGCGGUUGUCGGAUUCGGUACCUCAAGAUAAGGUUAAUAAUGAGGCGGUGGAAUGCGGAGACAAGUUUGAUGAAAUGCCUGAUUGUGUUGUUCUUCAUAUUUUGUCGUUUAUGGAAACAAAGGAUGCUGUCCGGACUUGUGUUUUGUCGAAAAGGUGGACGAAUCUUUGGACUUCAAUUCCGUGUUUGAAUUUCAACAGUAAGUCGUUCGCACGGUUGGCUGAUUUCAAGAAAUUUGUCAUGUGGGUCCUUUUCCGCCGUGAUUCAUCUGUUGUGAAAGUUCUUACGUAUUGCCGUGCUGGAGUAGAAUAUGCUACGGAUCAGAACCUUUUUAAUAAGGUCAUUGAUCACGCAACAUCACAUGGCGUUGAAGAAAUCGUAGUCAAUCUUCGGGCAAAAGCCGUUGGCAGCCCGCCCGUUGACAUCCCUCUGUCGUUGUUGAAGUGCAAAACCUUGAAAAGGCUUGAGUUAAAAGAUUGUCAUCCUACAAAACCCGAAUUGCCUCUAACUUGCAUACCGGUGAGAAAGCUGUUGCAUUUGGAACAUUUUACGAUGGAUACAACUGAUAUUUCAAAUUCAUUUGCUAGUUUAGCAAACCUUUUUGGUUUUGCAACAUUGACGACUUUGAAUCUAAGCAACUUGACUCUGUGUUGCACGGAAAACGAAUCCCUAAAUCCAUUUGAAAAUUGUGUCAAUUUGAAGAAUCUGCAUUUGAGAGAAAUUUGCUUUAAGUCGGAUUUGGCCCCUAAGGAUUUCGUGAUAUCUGCGCCCCAACUCAAUAACAUGACUAUAAUGUGCACCCGUUUCAAGUGUAAACUCGUUGUUUCCGCACCAAAGCUUAUCAAUUUCAGCUACUUAUAUGCUUCUUCUUGUGCCUUCUUUGAAUUUAGUAUGCCUUCUGUCGAUGCCUUGAUCAUUGAUAUCCGCGAACCAAAUUAUCAAAUGAAAGAACCUCAUCAGAGGCCGGGAGAAAAGAGUUCACAUGGUUUGAUCAAUAUGUUCCGGGAACAUCAUAAUGCCGAACUCUCCUUCUCUACAGCUAUGGUUUCAUGUGGCACUACCGUUAUCAUGCCAAAGGAAGAAUGUUCAUCUUUUAACGAAUGGAAGUCGGUAAAUUUACGAGUCGGAUCAACAUACAAAAUCUUCAUCAACAACCUUGACCAUAUAACUGCAUAUUUCCGCAGUUGCUCUAAGCGUGACGACUUUGAGAUUUUGACGAUUUAG